AUGUCGCCCAGCGCAACCGCCGGGCCGGCCACCAAGGUCAAGUCCAACGCCUCGAGGGCAUCGCAAACAAAGGCGGCGCUCGAGAACGGAUACCCGCAUGGCCACCUGGGCCACCUGACCGAGGAGGAGGAGAACGCCCUCAAGGGCUUCAAGGCCUACCUGCAGGAGAAGGGCCUGUACCAGCCCGGCCCGCCGCCCUCGCACGACGACCAGACCCUCCUGCGCUUCCUGCGCGCCCGCAAGUGGUCCAUCGCCGACGCACACACGCAGUUCAAGGACACCGAGGAGUGGCGCAAGGCCAUCCAGCUGGAUAUACUCUACGACACCAUCGACGUCGAGGCAUACGAGCAGAGCAGGAAGCUGUACCCACAAUGGACGGGGAGGAGGGAUAGACGCGGCAUCCCGCUCUACCUCUUCGAGAUCCGCCACCUCGACUCCAAGACCAUCUCGGCCUACGAGAAGUCGGUCGACAAGACCUACUCCAAGGCCGCCGCGCCCCCGGCCUCGAUGCACACGCCGCCCAAGCUGAUCCGCCUCUUCGCCCUCUACGAGAACCUGACCCGCUUCGCCCAGCCCCUGUGCACCCAGCUGACCGACCGCGAGCACCCGCGCACCCCGAUCACCCUCUCCACCAACAUUGUUGAUGUCGGCGGCGUCAGCCUCAAGCAGUUCUGGAACCUCAAGGGCCACAUGCAGGCCGCCAGCCAGCUGGCCACCGCGCACUACCCGGAGACCCUGGACAGGAUAUUCCCGUCAACCAACCAGAUCAUCGGCGCCCCCGCCUUCUUCUCCACCGUCUGGGCCUGGGUCAAGCGCUGGUUCGACCCCGUGACCGUCUCCAAGAUCUUCAUCCUCUCGCACUCCGAGGUCCUGCCCGUCCUGUCCUCGUUCAUCGACCCGGCCAACAUCCCCAAGCAGUACGGCGGCACCCUCGACUUCGCCUGGGGCCAGGCGCCCAACCUCGACCCCGUCAUCCGCGACGCCGCCGACUGGGAGGGCGAGGCAAAGGAGAACCCGGCCUUCCCCAAGGGCCCCGCGUACUGGAGGCCCAUCGACGGCGGCAAGAGGGUCGAGUGCGUGGCCGUCGGGAGCGUGGACAAGGUCGAGAGGUGCGUCAGGGUGUGCACCCUGCCCGUGGCGUUCCCCGUGGGCGCGGCCGAGGCUGCUGUGAACGGGGCGGCUGUCCCUGUUCCUGCUGUGACCACGACCGAUGCGAGAGACGCGCCAGCGGCCGCGACAGAGCCGGCAGCAGCGCCGGCAGCGCCAGAGCCCGCGGCUCUAGACCCGGCAGCCGCGGCCACGGCAACAGAAGACCCCGUGAGCCCCGCCGAGGACGAGUUCAAGACGCCGCUGGGGUCGCCGCUCGUCGGCGCGACGCAGGAGCUGUCGCUCCAGGACGACCGCGACGCCGUGGACGAGAAGAAGCUGAACGGCGACGCGGCUGUUUCGGAGAAGGUGGGCGAGACGGAGGCUGUGCCUAACGGCAAGCCGGUGGCGGCGUCAUGA